GCUAGGUACAGACUGAAUUCAGUCGAAGCGGCCGUCGCCAACGACAGCCAGCGAACAAGACAACAAAACGAGCGAGCGAGCAAGCAAGUGAGCAGCAGUGGAGGAUGCACAGGACUGCUGGUGCUGCUGGCGGGGAUUCAAGGAGUGUGCCGAAGCGAGGAGGUGGUGGGCAGGUGAUGGAGAGAAAGCAACAAGCCGUGGACUUCCAAGCCUUAACGGAGGAAUGCUUGCGUGGCUUGGAGGCGGUGGACGUGGCCGCAGAUCAGCUGCACAAGCUGCGCGACGCCAUCAAGGACUCGUCCCUGCCGCGACCGCUCUCCAUGCACAUCAUGGUCAUCUCCGGGCGGCUGCUGCGAGCAUCAUCGAGCUUGCACCCGCCGCUGUAUGAGUUGUCGCGGCUCGUCGCGCUGUAUGCCAAGCCGUGGGAGGAAAAGGGCUCCGUCCUGGCGAAACUGCAUCAGUCGUACGCCGAACAUCACCGCCAGCUGCAGCUCGCGCUGUCACAGCUGCAGACAACCGGGGCCGACCUUGAGCGCAUGAAGGAGGAGCGCCUGCACAUGCUGUGGGAGCGCCUCUUUGCCAAAUCCAUGACAAACCAGCGCCACGGGCGGCGGUGGAAAUUCCUCAUUGAAUCGUUCCGUCAAGCAGCCGAGAAGGGCGAGCACAUCCACUUUGAUGACGGCGACGACGACGACGAUGAAGACGACGACGACCUUGACAGCAUUGGUGACGAUUUACCUGGUGACACGAACGGGCGCCGGCGCCGGCGACCACCGCUCAAACCCACCAGCCGGCGGGAAACCCGGCCCAACAUCUUGGUUGCAGCUGAGCGACGCCAGGCAGAGCGCGAACGCAUGCAGCAGGAAAUCCUCCAGCUCAAGUCGGAGGUGAGGUCGCUGAUGCAGACACGCGACGACCUUCAAACGCGUCUUGACAAAGCGCUGCUGAAGAAGCCUGUGGCCAGCGCUGCCUGUCAGGUCCAACUGCUCAAACCACCGGGUACUGAGGCCCCCAAUGAGGUGCUGAGCGCGGUGUCCAAAGCCAUUGCCGUCAACAAGUCGCGGUCUGCUGGCAACGAUUUGCCUGCAAGCAACGGGGGCGGCGAUGCAGACAAUGAGGAGCAGGUUGACAUUGGUGAAGACUCUGCAGUCACACAUGUGCACCUCAUCCACAUCUCCGGAUUUGCAGAUGUGCUACUGCCAGACAUUAGCAUCGAAGCUGUUGUGCGCCCGUCGAUCACGUCCGAUGCAAAGGACACCCAACGCAUUCGCGUUGCCGACGCUCUGUACACAGGCGACUCGCUCUUUGUUGGCGGAGAAUUGGAGCUGCAGGGCUUGUUCGUGCAGGAUGUGGUGGAAGUGCGUGUGUUCACCGGAUUUGAGGAGGCGGAGCUUGUGGCAACGGGAACAACAACGGCACGCGCUCUCCUUGAAUCAAUCCACGCAACCACAUCUUGCACACUCAAGUGUGAUGACGGCUCCAUGACAACACGAACAACAUUCGUGAGCGCAACAAUCAGCAUGUCUCUUCGGACCACCGCUGCCAUGGCCGCGUUUGCGGAGGAGGCCGGUGCCGGGCGCUGCCCGUCGUUUCUUCGCCUCACAAUCGCAGCAUCGCACACCCCGCUCUCAGACGCGCAAAUUGAGAUGAUGACACCCAAGUUCGAGGGGGAGAAGAGGAGGCCCCUGAGACGAAACAGGGUGAAGAACAAUCUUGACCAGGAUGACGACGGCCAUCGCCAGAGCGCAGAGGCCAUGCGGCAGGAGGUGGACAUUGCAAAUGGGCUGUUUGAACUCCUGGAUGUCAAUUCGGAGGAUCUCAGAGAGGCCACGUUUACGAUGCAAGAGAUGCUUGAGCUCACGCUAUUGCACACAAGACAACUGCAAGCCCUCCAGCACCAAUACGAUGCACGCAUUGAGGAGCUCGUUGCAGAGAAGCUUGCGCUUGAGGAAGCGAAGAGCAAAGAGCACAAAGCAGAUAACACCCAGACAUCGGGCAUGCAGACAGACCCAAUGCCUGAGCCGGAGCCGGUUGUGAUUGAGAAGGAAGUGGAGAAACUCGUGGAGGUUGAGAAGAUUGUUGAGAAGAUUGUUGAGCGGGUGAAGGUGGUGGAGAAGUAUGUUGAGGUGCCAGUUGACACUGGCGGCUCUGCUGGAUUCCAAAGGCGAUACCGCCCACCACGACCACGAUUCAACAGCCCGUUUCUGCAACGGCUGGUGGAAUACGCGCGCGAGAGCGUGAAGCGGCGACAGGAGCUGUCAGAUAAGGUCCAGGGCGAGCGCGACAGAGAAAUCAAGGCACAGGCCAAUGUCUACAGUCGCUGA